GUAUGUUAUAACAAGAUGAAUGCUGAAGUUUUAGAAUGGAAAAAAGUGAACUUUUUCAAUAUUGUGGGAUUACCGUUUGUUAAAUUGCCGAAUAUUUCGGAAAUUGCGUGUCACUGCUUCAAUCUAACCAAGUCUGACGCUGGGGGAAAUAAAAACACUCUAGUGUUUUGUGACAAAAAUGGACAUAUACAUGUUUAUUUUCCUAACUGGGAGUGCAUUUCCUUUAAAAGUCAACAUAGGGUGCAUCACAUCAGGCAAUGUGCACUCACGUCCAAUAAUUUACUAGCAACUGCCACCCAAGAUACAACUUUUGUAGUACACAUAGAUAUAUACGAUCUAAAAAAGUUGACUAAAAAACAAGGAGCUCCAAUAAUUGCUUCCGGAACUUUUAAUACAACAAGUACUACAGCAUGCAUCAAUGCAUCAUGCAUCAUAGACGAUAAAAUACUGGUACUAGCCUUGGGCUUUGAGAACGGAGACAUUCUGUUGCAUAAUGGAAAAAUAAACAGAUUUCUUUUAACAAAUACUCGCCGCCACUCGAUAUCUGGACACGCAAUUAAUGGAAUACACUUCGACAUCAGACCUCAAAGCUCGGAUAAAAAUGCUUUAAACAUGUUUGUGACAUGUUUAGAUGGAGUGUACUGCUUUAUAUUGAAAGAAAAAGGCGCAAUCGUUCCAAAAUUUAUGCUUGACAAUAACGAACGGGCUUACAAUCAUUGUUGUACGUUGCGCAAAGCAAGUAAUGCAGAAUUAGAUGAUUCUAUGUUAGUAGUUGGUCGAGAAGAUGCUAUAUACUGCUAUACUCGUGAAGGAAGGGGCCCAUGCUAUGCUAUUAAAGGGAAAAAAAAGUCUUUGGAUUGGGUGGGCCAUUAUCUUAUUGUUUUAGUCCAAAGUCCAAGAAGUUUUUAUUCGGAUAAAAGCAAGUUGACGCUAAUUGUUGUGGAUACUGAAAUUAAAAUUAUUGUUUUUUAUAAGCAAAUUCAAGAUUUAUGUUAUACUAUCAGCGAAAAUGACUUAUGUUACAUUAUCACCAAUUGUAGGGAUAGCUCUUGCACCAACAUAUUCAAGUUACAGCAGUGCAAUACGAAUACAAAAAUUCGACUUCUAAUUGAACAAAAUAUGUACAAUAUUGCUUUGCAAUUGUUAUCUAGAGAAGGCCUUGUUUCGUCAUACGAUACUGCUUACGUGCGAUUUCAAUACGGAAAUUAUUUGGUACUGAAGGGCGACAUAAGUAGAGCAGUCAUAGAAUAUACUAAAACAAUUGGAUUUAUUAAACCCUACGAUGUGAUUUCCAAACUACUCCAUUCCAGAUACACUGAUUAUCUAAAAGAAUAUUUAUAUGAAUUUUUAAAAGCUAAUAAUGCUACAAAUAAACACAAACAACUUUUUAAAUUACUUGAUCAAAAAAAUUGGAAAGCUAAGAAUAACUUUCAACCCGUCAAUACAACAGAUAAUCUAUAUCUGAAUACGCUUUCAAAUAUACCAAGCCGUAAUUUAAAUUCAACAAAUGUUGGAACUCAAGCAAAAAAUUUUGAAGGCGAUGAAAUAUUACACUUCCAUUUAGAAUUUGGACCAGAAUCACUAAUGAUAAACCCAGAAACUUAUUUAAAGAAUUUUAGGUCGGUAAUUAUUGGAAAAACGACAAAAAACAUUCUUUGUUUUUUCCCCAUUUUGUCGGAGCAUAACGAGUUUUGUGCUAACUUAUUAGCUGAAAUAAUUGGGAGUUAUCCCAGUUGUGACGACGAAUUAUAUGAUUAUUUACUUAUUCUUUAUCUUGGACUAUGGCGUGACAGAAAAAAAACUACAGGUUUUAUUUUAGAUUUUUUGAAAAAUGAUCGGCUACGUCUGGAAAAAGUUUUAAUUAUAUGUAGACUUUAUAUAUUUUUAAAUGGGAUUAAACAAGUUCAUACAAAUUUGAAUGAUGCAGAUAUUGUUAACAAUGGAGGAUCGAACAAAUGUGUACACAGUCUUCUUAAGAGUUAUCCAGAUCUUACGUACGUCUUUGAACUUAGGACAAGCUCAUUAUUAAUAAUGUUAAAUAGUGGAUUCCGAAAUAAUUCGAUACAUGCUUUGCAGUUUAAACCUUUUAUUAGGGAAAAAAUAGUUCAAAAUAUUUUGGAUUCAAGAAACGAAUUGCAAAUUAUUGAAAAUUUAAAUAAAAAAAUAAAGAAAGCCGGUUCUAUGCUAUCUCUUUAUGCAAAUAAUCCAAUAGAAUUUCGUAAUAGUGUAUGUGAUAUCUGUCGUCAAUCGCUAAAUAUGCAAUCAGUCUAUUUUCUUUGUCAACAUUCGUUCCAUAAGGAAUGUCUAAUCUAUAAUAUGUCGAGACGUGGUGAAGAAGCGAUAUGUGUUUCCUGCAGUGGCGAAAUAAAUUACUCUGCCGACAAAAAUAUUCAUUCAGAAUCAACAGACUCUAUUACAGUGAUUUCAAAGGUAAUUUCUAUGGGAAUCGUAGAAAUAGCAACCAAAAAUGGGUUUUCCAGAAAUUUUAUGCACAUGAAAGGGCCUGACUCCAAUGUAUGGCGAGGAAAAUUUAAUGCAACCAAAAGUAAAACUUUGAGAAAUCCAUUUGAUUCAAAUAUUAAUAUUUCCGAAGGAAUAUCUUAAAAUAUAUAUAUUUACAUAUAAGAAUAUUUUAACAAUUUAAUGUACCAUUAGAAAA